AUGGUUCGCAUUAACAACGCCUAUGAUCUUAAUCACUGGCUUUUGGUGCUAUUUUUCUUAGCACAACUAUGUAUUUUUGUGUCAUCUUCUGACGCCUCAGAAAUCCAAACCCUAUUGAAAUUCAAGUCCUUUUUGUCCAAUGACACAGCUCUAGACAACUGGAACAACUCCACCAACCCCUGCAAUGGCACCACAAACAUUUGGUCAGGCUUGUACUGUGAAAAAAAUGGCAAGGUGUACGGGUUGAAGUUGCAGAACAUGGGUCUCAUGGGCAUAAUUGAUAUCGACACCCUUUCGGGUUUGUCUGCCCUUCGAAGCAUAAGCAUCAUGAACAACAACUUUGAAGGCCCACUGCCUAGUGUGAACAAGAUUGGUGCACUCAUAGGAGUUUACUUGUCCAACAAUCAAUUCACUGGUGAAAUUCCAGAAAUUGCUUUUGAGGGCAUGAAUCAAUUGAAGAAUAUUUAUUUGGAUGGAAAUGAAUUCUCCGGGGAAAUACCAAGUUCUUUGGCUGCAUUGCCUAAACUUACAGUAUUGGAUCUCCAGGGAAACCAAUUCAGUGGGGAGAUACCAAAUUUCCCACAAGACCCAAAUGGAUGGAAGCAUUUCAAUGUAUCAAACAACCAGCUCGAGGGUCCUAUUCCGGCAAGCCUGAGCAAUUUAGAUGCAAGCGCCUUCGUGGGAAACAAAGGGUUGUGCGGAAAGCCACUUACCCCUUGCAAAUCCUCAAUGAAGUGGAUCAACUCUUUUUGAGAAGCUAGGAAAACUCGCACCAGCGUGCAUAUAUAGUGCAAC